AAACAAGGUCCAAGAAGAGAAGAAAGACUAUUAACACCACCACUUUCUUCGAUAAAUUUGAAUCGACAUAAUUUACCGAUAAGGCAUGCAAGUUAUGAUAUCCCUCAUAAUGAUUUAUCAUCAUCACCAUCACAAGAUGGAGGAAAUGGUAAUUUGGGAAUAAGUUCAUUUAGAACACGGGCUACUAGCGUUGGUGGUGCUCAACGACCUCAAAAAUCAAAGUAUGGACAAUCCGAAGAUCCCAAUAUGAGUCUUUUAUUACCUCCAUCUCCAUCAGCUUCAAAAUUUAUAAUCAAUAAUAAUCCACAAGCACAAAAUUCACCAACCAAAUCAUCAACGAUACUUAAUGCUGGACCUGAAUUACGAUCAUUAAAGAUGGAUAAUUAUCGAGGUACAAGUGAAGUAUUUGAAGAUUUAUCAAAGACCACAGAUGAUUUAAUCCAAUGGUUAACACUUUUGGAUGCUGGAAUUAAUCAACUUUUAACAAAAUUUUAA